CGUGAAAAUGCAGCGACGGGCGAACUGGACGAGUCGGACCACCUCUCGUCUUCCUCACUGUGUCCUUCAAGGUUCUCCCCGACCGCGCGUUGCCCAUUAUCAGCAUUGUUCAUACUGGAUUGUGUAAUUCGAGGACUCCUCGAUACAUCCGCCACAGCUUCAGUCUGCUCACUGGUCGUGCACGCACAUGGAGGUCUCGCGCCAUACCCUCAAGCAGCUGAAAUUCAUCCUCCCUGGAGGGCUUAUCACGUACUAUUAUCUGGGUAGCCAUGCUGCCUUCUGGCGAAUAGUGAAUGGAGAUGCAGAUGUUGAAGGCUGGGGUCGCCUCGCCGCCCUCGCUUCGCUUGGGUCAGCCAUGCUGACCAUCAGCCUUUUCAUGUAUAUCCUAUCAAUUCCGUUGAUACAAGGACAACAACCCAAUUAUCGUCGGUGGCGAGAAUCUGGCGUAUUAUCGUCAGUCAUUCCCUUGCUGACGGCAUCUAUUGUCGUGGGGUGGUCACUACUAUCCUACACGCUGGGCCGGUGGUCAAGGUUCGGGGUCGUUGAAGGUGUAAUAGCUUCAUCCGGUCUAUACGCCCUUACGUUUGGCCUGUUGGGCCUCAUUCCCGCGCCGAAGGUACCGCGACAAUGA